AUCAAUAGGUUGCGUCUUGUGGUGGAGACGAUGAAAUACUUUUGACUUUUUUCCUACUUAUUGCCGUCCCUGCUCAGCUGUUGGAUGUGUAGAUUAGCCAGCGGUUCCAUCGUUGACACUUGAACCGGACGGGAUCCAAAUCCGGCAAAGUAAAGAGAAAGGAGAAGAAAAAAUCUGGGCCUUUGAAGCCGCCCUCUCGAUUUUUUCUUUUUCUUUUAUAGAUUUCCUCGAUGGAGAGAUUCACGACUCCAAUACCCAGACCAUCUCUUGUAUUGCGCUCUCGUACUCCCUUCUUCCUUUCCCGGCCUCCGAGGGUUUACCCCGUCGCUCGCCCCCAAAACUUCAGCUUUCACCUCAAGGAACGACGACGCUCUCGCAUCUCGAUGUCGCUCUCCGGCUCUUCUCCGGCAGCGAUUGGGACAUCUCAUGAUGUGGGGGUGAAGGGAUCAUCAUCUAGUGUUGUUGGGGAGAAAGAUUUAUUGAUUGUAGGGCCAGGUGUACUUGGUCGUAUGGUAGCUGAAAAGUGGCGACAGGAAAAUCCAGGUUGCCAAAUUUUUGGACAGACAAUGACUACAGAUCACCAUGAUGAAUUGGUAGAAGUUGGGAUUGUUCCUUCUCUGGCAGGAACUAAAGCUGCUCAUCAAUUCCCAUAUGUUAUAUUCUGUGCUCCUGCAUCUCAAACUGCAGAUUAUCCGGGUGAUGUCAGAUUGGCAGCAUCAAACUGGAGCGGUGAAGGUUCUUUCCUGUUCACAUCAAGUACUGCUGCAUAUGAGUGCAGUGAUAAUGGUUUGUGCAAUGAGGAUAGUCCAGUUGUGCCGAUUGGUGCAAGUCCUCGGAUGGAUGUGCUUCUAAAAGCAGAAAAUGCAGCUCUGGAUGCUGGGGGAUGCGUUCUAAGGCUAGCAGGGCUUUAUAAAGUAGAUAGAGGUGCCCAUGUUUAUUGGUUGGAGAAAGGAUCUGUUGAUGCUCGUCCAGAUCAUAUACUAAAUCUUAUUCAUUAUGAGGAUGCUGCUUCCCUCUCAAUUGCCAUCAUGCAGAAUAAGUUUUGGGGUAGAAUUUUUGUGGGCUGUGACAAUCAUCCUCUCUCCAGGCAAGAAAUAAUGGAUUUUGUGAACCAAAGUGGGAAAUUUAACAAAAAGUUCCAGGGUUUUACUGGCACUGAUGGUCCUUUGGGGAAGAGGAUGAAUAACUCAAGAACUCGUGCUGAAAUUGGAUGGGAACCAAAAUAUGCUAGCUUUCUUGACUUUCUGAGGCAAAUAGACUGAGUUUAUUUUUUUGUUGUUUCAUUUCAAAUUUGUUUCAACAGUGAUGAAACAGACUUACAAACAUGUCAUUGAAUGGAUUUGAUGAUUAAAGUUAUAAUAAAACUUGGAGAAGUUAUAAUAAAAUUUGGGGAAGUUGACUUCCUUUUGGUUCU